AUGGACCGGCUGAAGCCAAAGCGAGCUGUACGCCGAACGCAGACUACUAAGGUCAUCAACGAGGCGACAGCAGCACUGGCCGACCCGACUACUACACCGCAAACGUACGCAUCACUGCUGGAAAGGCUGUUGCACAACAGCAAGGAGCUAAGUAUCUUGGAUAGAGAAAUAGAACCGCUGAUUACCGAUCAGCACAUGGAUCAGGAGUAUGCGACAGUGCUCGAAUACGAAGAUCAAGUCCUCAAGAUGACGAGCCUGUUGAAGGCGAAGGCAACGGAACCCGUUCUGAACAUUGGGGCAGCCACCACGACAUCAACGAACCCGAUGUCAAACAGUGGAAGGCCAAGUGCGGUUCGACUGCCAAGGUUGCAGCGGCAGACCUUUAACGAAGAUCUUGCGAAGUGGACACCAUUUUGGGAGCAGUUUCGACAGUCUAUUCACGAAAAUGAAGAUCUCUCACGAAGGGAGAAAUUCCAGUAUCUGCGCUCUUUGCUGUCCGGACUACCUGCCGCGGCGAUAGCGGAUCUUCAAGCGACGGAGAUGUGCUACCAGGACGCGAUUGACAUUUUGACUCGUCGUUUCGGAGAUCAGAAGAGAAUUGAACAAGAGCAUCUUGGAAAGCUGAGAACACCUCCUGUGGUGACGUCGUCAGACGACGUCGUCAGACGACAUCCGGGGUCUCCGCCGGUUGUUCGACCACGUGCAGACACACAGACGAGGACUACAGGCCCUCGGAAUUUCCCCGUCAACGUACGCCGCGUUACUCGUGAACAUCAUCCUGAAGGCGUUACCUGGUGA